CCGCGAUGGAGAUGGACAGAUCCCUCAGCCUAUCAGAGUGAGGAGGGAGAGGACCCGGCUUCGACUUCCGCUUCCUCUGGGCCACGGGUUCUUGUGAGUUUGUAACUUCCCCCAAUGCCGCUGCACAAGUACCCUGUUAAACUCUGGAAAACCUUGAAGCUGAGGCAGGGGAUUUACUCUCGCCUGCCUGAACACUACCUCAAGUCACUACAGAAUGAAGGGACACCCACUGCAGUCCAUUAUAAACCUCACGGGGUCAAGUACAAGAUAAACCCAAAGAAUGGACAACGUGAGCUUGUCCAGGAUGUUCCCAUCCCACUCUACUUUCCCCCUGAAUCCCAGAGGGGGCUCUGGGGUGGUGAGGGCUGGAUCAGUGGUUAUAGAUAUACCAACAAUGACAAGCUCUCAAGGCGUGUGAGAAAGACUUGGAAGCCCCAUCUGUAUGAACGAGAGCUUUACAGUGAGAUCUUGGACAAGAAAUUCAAAACAACGGUUACCAUGAGAACUCUGGAUCUGAUCGAUGAAGCCUAUGGAUUUGAUUUCUAUAUCCUCAAGACUCCAAAGGAGGAUCUGUGCUCCAAGUUCGGGAUGGAUUUGAAACGAGGAAUGCUAUUGCGUCUUGCCCGGAGGGACCCUCAGCUCCACCCAGAUGAUCCAGAAAAGAGAGAAGCUAUUUAUAACAAGUACAAGGAAUUUGUGAUCCCAGAAGAAGAGGCUGAAUGGGUCGGGCUGACGUUAGAAGAAGCAGUGGAAAAACAGAGGCUCCUGGAAGAAAAAGACCCUGUCCCUCUAUUCAAAGUAUAUGUGGAAGAACUCAUUCAACAGCUUCGAGACCAGGCACUUUCACAGCCAGCUGUGAUGGAAAGGAAAGCCUAGUGGGCAAGAACUUCCCAGAAACCAGACUUGUUUGACUAAGAGGCCCCUUCCUCCUCUUAUUCCUCCUCACCAUUGUAUCCAGUCCAGACCCACUGCUGCGUAUUUCACAGGGAAUUGGGAAGCAGAGGAUGUGAAGACUUCCUGCGUCCCCCUGCUGGUCACCCAGCAGAGCUCCUGGCCUGCCUCUGGCAGUAACCAGAGUGAUAGACCAGCUCUGAUCACAGGCUACUCUGAGCUCCUACUGAUGCUUUGAACUCGAUACCUUUAUUUUUCUGAGGUAGAGUUAUUCAGAGGAACAAUAAACAACCCAUCCAGCGAUCCUGUUACUGUCCCAGUGUGUCCCUUUAGCCACACACACAUGCCAAAGUCCUACCGGGGAUGAGAAGCUAGUGAGGGCCUUGUGCAGUAGAACCAUUUCCUGGAGCUUGUCACAUGCCCUCUGGUUUCUUGGUGUGAGCCUGAUACUGUGGAGAUAUUAUCUAGUACCUAGGAGCCCUUCACAUAAAGUGGUUAAUUUGAUGA